AUGGAGAUUAACAGCAUUAAGCUAACAACUACUACUAAAUCAAUUGUAAUCUCCUCAGCCACAGACCAUGAAAGCAAGCAAAAGGUCGAACACAAGUCGCAAGAAUCGAGGCUGAGCAAAACGCACCCUCUCUCAAACCACCACCACCUCCCCCGACUCCAUCACCACGCACCGCUGCCUCAUGACGGCUUCAAGUCUCUUCUUUCCCUCCUCCGCCGCUCCUCCUCUUUCGUCCUCCCCCAACUCCACGCAAGAAUCCUCGAGUCCAGCCUCGCCCACGCCUACCUCGCGUCCGAUGACCUGCCCCCCGCCGGUCUUCCUCUGGAACAAGACCAUCAAAGGGUGCUCCGACGCUUCUGGGAGGCCGUUGACGUGUGCGACCGGAUGCUCGUGCGCGGCGUGCGGCCGAACGAGUUCACCUUCACCUUCGUCCUCCCGGCCUGCGCCGGUGCGCGGUCAGCCUCCGAGGGCCGUAGGGCCCACGGAAACGUGCUGAGCUUCGGGUGCGGCUCCAACGUCUUCGUCGCAACCGCGCUCGUCGAUAUGUAUGGGAAGUGUGGUGACGUACGCGUGGCGAGGAAGGUGUUUGACGGAAUGCCCGUGCGAGGUACCGCGAGCUUUAACGCUCUGAUUGUUGGGUACGUGUUGAACGGUGAAUAUAAGCAAGCGAUAUCCAUAUUCAACCAAAUGCAAGAAUCCGCAGUCCAAUUCGAUGCGAUGACCAUGGUCGGUGUGUUGCAGGCUUGUUCCUAUCUCGGUGCCCUGCAACGAGGAAGAUAG